CGCGUCUUCUCCCCUCCCCUCAGCGGCGUUGCUUGUGCGACCGAAGAGGGGAGGCAAAAUGGCGGCCGGCGGCGGCAAGGCCUCCUCCUCCUCCUCUUCGUCGUCGUCGUCCUCGUCGUCCUCUUCGUCGUCCUCCUCGGCGGCCGCAGCCCCUUCUUCCUCCGCGUCCUCCUCGUUGUCGUCGCUGGAGGCCUCGCUGGACAGGAAGCUGCAGGUGGUGACCAACACCAUGGAGUCCAUCCAGGGCCUCUCGUCGUGGUGCCUGGAGAACAAGCGCCACCACGCCACCAUCGUUCGCCACUGGAUCCAGAACCUGCGCCGAGCCAACGUCCAGCAUCGGCUGAACCUCUUCUACCUGGCCAACGACGUCAUACAGAACUGCAAAAGAAAAAACGCCAUCAUCUUUCGUGACACCUUUGCCGAAGUGCUCCCAGAAGCCGCUGUAUUGGUGAAGGAUCCAUCUAUCUCCAAAUCUAUAGAAAGGAUUUUCAAAAUCUGGGAGGACAGAAAUGUGUAUCCAGAGGAAACCAUCGUGUUACUAAAAGAAGCUUUAAGUUCCUCUUUCAAAGCUCAGAAGCAGCAGAAAGAAACUCAGAGCAAACAACCAACUAAAUCAUGGAAGAAAUCUCAAACCUCGACGAAUCCAAAAGCGGCCCUGAAGUCCAAGAUAGUUGCAGAGUUUCGACCUCAGUCCCUUGUCGACGAACUCCUGUUCCACAAGCGCUCCGAGGACCAGAUCGAGUUGAAGGAGAAGCAGCUUGCCACCAUGCGGGUGGACGUUUGCAGCACUGAAACGUUGAAAUGCCUGAAAGACAAAACCGGGGGCAAGAAGUUCUCCAAGGAGUUUGAAGAGGCGAGCGCCAAGCUUGAGGAGUUCGUCAACAGCCUGGACAAGCAGGUGAAAAACGGCCCUUCCCUGACAGAAGUACUUGAAAACGCGGGGAUAUUCUACGAAGCCCAGUACAAAGAAGUCAAGGUGGUGGCAAACGCCUACAAAACAUUUGCUAACAGAGUGAACAACCUGAAGAAGAAACUGGAUCAGCUGAAGGCGACCCUUCCAGAUCCCGAAGAGUCGCCUGUCCCCUCGCCCAGCAUGGACGCUCCUUCCCCAACGGGCUCGGAGUCUCCCUUCCCAGGGAUGGGGGAUGAGGCGCUCUCGCCAGUGCCAAGAGAGGCCGAGAGGGCAAAAUCCCCCUCUCCGGAGCCUGCGACUGACAAUCGUGACGUGGAGGACAUGGAGCUGUCAGAUGUGGAGGAGGAUGCCCCAAAGAUUAUUGUCGAAGAAAGAAAGGAAAAACCCGCUGUUUCAACACCAGACCCUGCAAAGGUGGUCGAAAGCAUCCCAAAGACACCACCUCCGACAACGGUUGUGGCUGCGGUGGCUCCAGCCCCAGCGCCUGUGACUGCUGCCCCGUUGGCUCCAGCCCCUGUAACCCUGCCGACCCCCAAGCCAACGAACCCACCCACCCCACUCCCGCCGUCGCCGGCCUUGGCCCUUCCAAACCUGGCCAACGUGGAUUUGGCUAAAAUCAGCUCCAUUCUCAGCAGCUUGACUUCUGUGAUGAAGAACACCGGUGUCAGUCCUGCCUCGAGGCCCUCGCCUGGGACCUCGGCAAGCCCAACAACUCUGGCGAGUGGUGUGAAGGCCCCGGCUUCGGGUGCUCUGCCCACAACACCGACAAAUCCUUUGGCGAACAUCUUCUCCAAGGUGGAGAUCACCCCAGAGAGCAUCCUGUCUGUGCUGUCCAAGUCCCAGUCUCAGUCCUCUUCGGGUUUGCAAGGUUUGUCAUCCUUCCUCCAGAGUGUGGCUGGAAAUACAUCCCAGCCCAGUGAGGCAGCGUCACAAAGUACUUCUUCGUCGCCUGCCAACACAACAGCUCCUGCGGGGAAAGGUCGAAGCAUUUCUUCCAACGCCCCCUCUUUCAUGCCUCAGGCUUUUGGGUAUUCUCCAAAUUCCUCUUCUUCUGCUGAGGUAUCCUCCACGUCGGUCAACAAAAUUCCCACUGGACAUGGGGCCGCACUCUCCACUCCCAGUUUUAAGCCACCAAGCAAUUCUAUUGGGUUUGCCGGCUCGCAGGUCAGCAGUCCUGCCCUACGCCCAGUCGAGCCCCCCACAAACCAGUCUUCCGAGAUCUCUGAGACAAAGGCAGAGUCGGAGCCAACAUCGCCCAGUCUGGAAAUGAAGAUACACAACUUUCUGAAGGGAAACCCAGGUUUCAGUGGUUUGAAUCUCAACAUCCCAAUUCUGAGCAGCUUGGGGUCCAGCGUGCCACCCGAAAGCCACUCUUCCUCGACCGAUUUCAACCGCGGGGGGCCCACCAGCACUUCGAUGGACAGCAUAGACGGGACCCCGGUACGUGACGAACGGAGUGGAACGCCGACCCAAGAUGAGAUGAUGGACAAGCCUUCCUCUAGCAACGUUGACACCAUGUCACUGCUCUCCAAGAUAAUCAGCCCAGGCUCUUCGACUCCCAGCAGCACUAGAUCGCCUCUUCAGAGCCGGGAUGAUGGCUAUUCCCAAGAGCUCUCUAAUUCGGUGUUCCGGUCUUUUGGUCUGAGCCGGGAUUCCCCAGGAUUGUACAAGCAGCCCUCUGAUGGCAUUGAAUUGCCUUCUUCUUUAAUGGAUUCUCCUCAGGAGAAGUUCUACCCAGACACCUCCUUCCAAGAAGAUGAAGAUUACCGUGAUUUUGACUACUCUGUCCCCCCACCAUCUGGUCUGAUGAACUUAGAGAAACCGCCACCCAAAUCCAUCCUGAAACCUAAUAAGCUCUCUGACUCUUCAGAGUACCAACCAGUUAUGUCGAGUUACAACCAGAGAUCCUCUGGCUUUGGCCUGAAGUCCACUUUUCCCCAAACUAUGAGAUCUCUUCAUGACCAAAGCGAAAGCUGUGACCUGUUGUCCCCUCCAGGAAUGUACAGCGGCUACAGUUUGCAAGGGAAUGACUCCGGGCCGGAUACGUCACCCACACCAAGCAAGAACGAUGUCUUUUUCCCACCGGAUUCCAAUCACAACAGCUUAUCCAAAUCCAUGGCACUGUCAAACCUGUCCCAGAAGCAGUAUCCGGAUUCUCCUCAUUUGGUCCCACACCGAUCACUCUUCUCUCCCCAAAAUGCCCUUGGAACGCCAGCCAGCCGACUCGCUGGGACCAACGCGGAUAAGCUCCCUGCGGCUUCCAUCUCGGCCACUUCGACCAUUGAGUUCAAGAACAUGCUUAAAAAUGCCUCCCGCAAGCCCUCCGAUGAGAACAAGCAAUUUGGCCCAAACAGUUCCAAAGGAAGUUCCAGCGAUGUUGCCGGUGUCGGCCCGGCAGGGAUUUCUGCAGGAGGAGACCAGCAGAAGCAGCAAGAGGAGCAUUACCGGAUCGAGACCCGGGUGUCCUCGUCCUGCUUAGACUUACCAGAUAGCACCGAGGAGAAGGGAGCUCCCAUAGAGACGCUGGGUUACCACAACGCCUCCAACCGGGGUAUGUCCGGGGAACCCAUCCAGACCGUUGAGUCCAUCAGAGUCCUUGGGAAGGGGAACCGGGGUCACGGGCGAGAGACCAACCGAGCCGGGUGGUUUGAGUUGACCAGUCCGGGGAGUACCUUUGACAACGGCCCUUCAAGCGCCACAGAAAUGCCCAGCGUGGGUUCUGGCGCUGACGGCGGAGUCGGUGGCAUCGUAUCUUCUUUUCAGAACCAGUACAAGGACCGGGUUCCCUCCUUUCAGGAGAACGUCAGCAGCUUCCGGGCCGGUAGCUUUGGCCCUGCUUUCGACCGCCACGUGCCACCUCCCCCCUUAGAGCGAGCAGGGGCGCCUUUCCCAAGGGACCAAAUAGGGCCGCCCCCGGCCGGGCCUCAGCCGCUCCCGCCGAAGGAUCUGGGCGGCCUUUUCCCCCGGGAUCGCUCUGUCCCGCCGCCGCGAAUGCCAACAGCAGACCACCCCGGGCCCUUCCCGAAGGAUCCCCCCUUGUCCCUGCCUUGCGGGGUGCCCCCUCCACCCCCGCCUUCCUUAGACCUGCCUGGGGUGCCCUUCCCUACCCAGCCGCCCCCUCCUCUCCCUGGGGAGCGUGGCGGCAUGCGCUUCUCUGGCCCCCCGCCACCUCCCGGGGGGGACCUGGGCCGCCCCUUCCCGGCCCCUUCCCUGGCCGCGGAGCACGGGCCCGUUGGCCUCCAAGGAACGGUCAAAGAGCGCUUUAACAUCCCACCAGGAGGGCCCCGGGACCAACGCGCUCCGCCCCAGCGGGACCCGCCCCUGGGCCGACCCCGCGACGGCGUGGGCCUGGGCGCCCUCUCGAGAGACCCGCUGGGGGUGGCGGCCGCCCUUUCCAUCGCCUCUUCUCUGCCCUCUCACCGGGACACCGCAAACCGAGGGGGGCUGGGGAUGCGGAACCAGAGGCCCGACUUCCGCCCCAGGGAGCUGUUUCUAAACAGAGACCCCUUUAACAGCUUAAAAAGGCCUCGGCCCCCCUUCGCCAGGGCACCCCCCUUCUUCUCGCCCAAACGCCCCUUCUUCCCGCCCAGGUACUGAACGCAUUGAAGGUGUUCCAGAACUUUUAUAGAGAGCAGUGGAAGUGGUACUUUCACCAUUUUUUAAAAAAAUUCCCCUAAAGGGGGAAGGCUCACAACUUUUUUUUGUUGCAGAUUAAGGUAUGUUCAAUACUACCGUUUCGUUCUACCUUUUUUUGUUUUGCUGAUUCCUUGAGCUUUUUUCUUUUUUUAACCGUUGACCUAAACAUAAGCAGAAGUUACAAAAACCAGAGAUCUUUGGAGGGGGGGGAGGGAAGGGAGGAAAAUUUACAAACAAAUCCUACAUUAGAAUGCUUUCAGUAGUGACAGUAAGCUAACCAAACAAGGGAUGAAUGACAUAUGCCAGCUUUGGGAGUCCUGGAAAAGCAGAGGGAGGUAGGAAAGAACACUGAACACUUGAAGGCAGAUUUUAAAGUAUUUCGUUUAAUUCUUCCUUUCUUUUCUUUUCUAGUCAUCAGUGACUUUAUUUUCUUUUUUCAGUAGCGUAUGUGCCCCUUUCUUUGAUGCCUUUUGAGUUGUGUUCAUCUCGCGUCUUGAGUCAGCUGUAGGAUAUGGUGCAUAUGCUGUCUGUGUCUUUCCUCAUCCUCACAUUGUUCCUUUAGAUUGGUAACGUUCUCAACGUCAAAACAACAUCAAGACCAGGUUAGAACUUGAGUUUGUGCCAGAUUAGUGACUCCAGGGCAGAGCACAAAUGUUCAGUGAGCUAUUUCCCCAUCAGUUGUAGCCGGCUAAAGCUUUUGGCUUCUCUGAUGUUGAAAACGGGGGAGAAGAGACACCUGUAGAGUCAUGAGAGAUCCUCUGUGAUCUCUCCCUUCCAAAGCCAGCCAGGUAUCGCCCACCCAGAACUGGAGGGCUCUUUUCCCACCAGAAAUAAACAUAAUUGAUGGCUAUGGAUGGGCUAGAUUUGUCCCACUGAGCAGCCUAUUUGGUCAGUUUAGAAAUAGUACUGAGGCGCAGGGCACUAUCUGCUUCUCCUAAAUUGGGAGUUUGCUGUAUUGAACCAUCCACUUCUUAUGACCUUUGAGAAAAGAACAAAUGCAAGGGAGUAUUUGAUGGUCAGAAACGCUCCCCAGGAAACCUGAUUUAAUUCUCACCUAAGGCAGCUCUACCUUCCUGCCUUCACGGCUCUCAAUUUGAAUCUGUUCAAUGCUACAGGUUCUGAUUUCAGCCACUUUGGAUUUGGCUGUCCUUUCCUAGAAACUGAAUGAAUAGCUCUGAAAGUCCUCUCUUUGUCUUCCCCUCUAUCCACUUUGUAUUGUUUGUUCUCCCACGUGACAGUGGGCACAAAACUGGAAUUCCCGUAAUAGUUGUUUUAUCUUAUCUCUGAAAGCAAAACAGCCCAUAGUUGUCAGAAGAUUCUGCUGUUGUGUGCAUUUGCCAGACACACACUAUCCCUUCUAUGCACAUUUUUUAAAAAUACAUCUGAGGAUGGCCUUGUCAUCUUUUGGUUUACACAACUUCUUGCUUUUUCUAGUUUGUCCAGAUGGCAUGAGCUCCACAUUCUCAAAAUAGAGUUGCUUUUCUCUGCCGCUUUCCAUUUCAGUAAAAUAACCAGCCAUCCAGAAUCCAAGGAAAGACGUGAAGGAAAGCAUUUGCUUGGGGGCAUUUCAAAGUCUGCCUUUUAUAAAAGAGGCUGCUCCUCAUAGUUGGACUAGAUCUCCCAUCCUUCCAAGCUUUUCUAUUCUCAGUCCAUCAGAAGAGAGAGGCAGCGGCAGAAUAAGCUUCUGUUCCAUUGCAGGAUGUGCGACCAUACCUUGGAAGCAAAAAGCUUGAUUUUCUGAACAAUGUUCUGUCGUAAGCAGAUUUCCCCAUCACAAAGUCCAGGGAAACUCCUGGCUGGUGAGACUGUGGGCCAGUGUGAGUGCCCCCUCACCAAACUACAGUUCCCAGCAUCCCUGAUAGGUGUCUGGGCCCAUCUAGGUAGCUGGUCUAACUUGUGUAACACAUGGAUCUACCAAACCCACUCUAUUUGUGGUAAGCAAACAACUUUGUUUGCCUCAGGCGACAAUAGGGUUUUGACUCGCUUGUGCAUCUCUUAUUAAAAUGUUUUAUCUUCACCGCAUGAUUCUACAACUCGCGACAAUGUGUUUCACCUUCGGACAUUGGGUGGGGACAGAAAAGGGAGAGAAAUCCCUUCCUGUGCCGUAUAUUUGCAGUCGCUGAGGGUUGUUCAUCUGCCCCAGAUUUUUAAGAGCCCCAUAGUGCAGGUUGUGCCAGGAGAAAAUACUUGGCAGUGUUUGUAUUUUUGCAGAGUGCAACAGAUCGAAACCAAUAGUGAACAAGGAACAAUUGUUCUCUUUGUUUGUUUGUUUGUUUCCUUUCUAGGAAAAAAUGUGAAAUGUCUUAUUUCUGCUGCUCUCUCUCUUCCCUUUGCGGUGGCAAUUUGUUGAUUUUUUAAAAAAGAAACCUUUGCUGAGAAUGGAAACACAUUCCCCUGCAGACCCAAUUACACAGUUCGCCACUUCCCAGCCUUUUGCAGGAAAAGUCAUGGAAGGGAACACGACUUGUAAAAAGGCGGUAUAUUUUAAUGGCAAAUCUUAACAUCUCUCUUCCCCCGUCCCUUCCUUAAAUCCCUGAUUUUGUGCUUUUCCUUUAAACAUCUUUGCAGUUAAAUGUGACCGCCAUGUACAUAAUGUGUGUAAAAAAACCCCUAAAGAUUAUAACAGCAACGUAGCAAAACAAAAGCAGGUUGUUGAACAGGAAGAGUUUUCCUGUCUAGGUGGGUGUGUCCCCCCCUUUUUUUGUUCUUUUCUUGUUUCGUUUGCGUUUCACUUGCUAAAAGAAAAACUGAAAUAAAACCUGUAUUUUUUAAGGAA